CAAGUAAUUCUCACUAAAAAUAAUUAGAAAAAAUAAAAAUAAACUUUGCUCUCGGUUGUCUAGUGCAUUGUCUAGCAAGUCAGCUGCUGUCUUGCUCAGGGGUCUAGGUGCAGCUUCAGACGCACAUAAAAGAACAUCACACUUUCUACUCGACACUGACAUACAAUGCAAUUGGAAUACAACCCACACGCAUCAGUUGUACAAGCUCAUCUCUCGCAUACCGUCGCCCACAGGAGACCAUCUGUAGGCGAGCACGGGGAGGGAAAAUCUCCAAAGAGGCCAACGAUUGAUACACACAUGGCUAACAAGCCUAGCGAACACAUACAACGUCGUGAGUCCCAGAUAAAUACGGCGGCAAUGGUGGCGUACUUAUCAAAUGGUUUCCUAUAGGCAAAUCAGCGACACCGCUGGAAAGCUUACUCGUCUAGCGUUUAGCAUCUACUUAAUAUAUCUUCAUUGUCUCCUCUCUGGAUACACUGUAAUUUACAAUUUUCACAAUAAUGUCUCGCCCUUUUGUAAGAUUCAACGCAUUUCAUGAAUGAUAAAGGAUAAGAAAUUAUUAUAUCGUUUAAAGGUCAGCGUCAUCUUCAUCUGGAAGUGGUGCUGCAGCUGCUUGUUGGAGUUCUUCAUUGUAUUUGGCCAUGAGUUCUGGGUCGACCUUAACUUCUGGUGGAGCGAGCGCUGGUGCAGCGACGAAUUCUAAGGUUGGGUUACCAGCGAGCUUUCUAGCUAACCACAAGAAUGGUUUCUCGAAGUUGUAGUUUGACUUGGCUGAGAUUUCGAAGUAUUGCAAGUUCUUCUUUCUGUGGAAUGUAACAGCACCAGUCUUGACCUUACGUUCCUUGACAUCAACCUUGUUACCACACAAGACGAUAGGAAUGUUUUCACAGACUCUCUCUAAAUCUCUGUGCCAGUUUGGUACGUUCUUGUAUGUGAUUCUUGAGGUAACGUCAAACAUGAUAAUACCGCAUUGACCCUGGAUAUAGUAACCGUCACGCAAUCCACCGAACUUCUCUUGUCCAGCUGUAUCCCAAACGUUGAAGCAAACUUUACCGAAGUUAGUUUCGAAAGCCAAUGGGUGGACUUCUACACCGAGAGUGGCAAUGUAUUUCUUCUCGAAUUC